AUGAACCCGCCGUUCGCCACACAGCUCAAGGCGAACUGCACGUCGCCAACCGGCGCCGACAACACGGUGGCGCAGGACUACAAGACCCCUAACCAGCUGGACAACCAGUACUACUGGAACGUCAUCAACCACAAGGUGCUCUUCGCGUCGGACGCCGCACUCCUCAAGUCAGGCGACACGGCAGGGCUGGUGUAUGCAGCCGCCUUGUUUCAGCAGGAGUGGGAGGACAGGUUUGGAAAAGCCAUGGUGAAGAUGGGUGGCGUCGAGGUGAAGACCGCCGCCAUUGGAGAGAUCAGAAAGAAGUGCGGCUACGUUAACAAGCCCUACUCCGGUUGA